UAAUGGGGGUUAAGCGUGAAAAAAAAAUUGGAGAGGAGAAAAAGAGGAAGAGAGACAGCUUUAUUUGCGCUAUAUUGUCCAUGUAACGAGGUCUCUCUGUUUCAGCGAUGGAAUUUUUGCAGGACGACGAGGGGAUCCGUGUUUCUCGAUCAUAGAGACGAUUUAACGUUUUCGCAAUCGCAUCUCGUUCUCUUCUUAGCGCGUAAUCUCCAUUGCCGCCAGGAUUCUCCUUCUCUCUCACUGAGUUACCAGAGUUAUAGACAAAGAAUGAACUAUUAGAACGGUUGGGCGCAAUCUAUUUGGAAGAGGUAUCGUGCGCAAUCUAUUUGGAAGAGGUAUCGUGGUCUUUCAGGGUGAGAACAAACAAUACAAUGUCGACGAGGAGCGAGCACCACACAGUCCCACUUUCAGUAUUGCUCAAGCGAGAAUUAGCCAAUGAGAAGAUUGAGAUGCCCGAGAUUGUCCAUGGCCAGGCCAGUCAGAAAAAGAAAGGGGAGGAUUUCACUUUCGUUAAGACGGAAUGCCAGAGGGUGUUAGGAGAUGGAGUCAGCACAUAUUCAGUUUUUGCGCUUUUUGAUGGGCACAAUGGGUCUGCAGCUGCUAUCUAUACGAAGGAGAAUCUCCUAAAUAAUGUUAUAGCUGCCAUUCCUCCUGAUCUCAACAGAGAUGAAUGGGUGAUAGCUCUGCGAAGGGCUUUGGUUGCAGGCUUCGUAAAAACGGAUAAAGACUUCGAGAAGAAAGCUCAAACAUCAGGAACAACUGUCACCUUUGUGAUAAUAGAAGGAUGGAUUGUAACUGUUGCAUCUGUUGGUGAUUCCCGUUGCAUACUAGAGUCUGCUGAAGGCGAUAUUUAUUACCUGUCAGCGGAUCAUAGACUCGAAUGCGAUGAAGAAGAGAGGGAUCGUAUUACUGCAAGUGGGGGUGAGGUUGGUAGGCUUAAUGCAGGAGGUGGUGCGGAGAUUGGUCCGUUGAGAUGUUGGCCUGGUGGUUUGUGCCUUUCACGAUCCAUUGGGGAUAGGGAUGUUGGCGAGUUCAUUGUCCCUGUUCCUUAUGUGAAGCAAGUGAAGUUGUCUUCAGCUGGUGGUAGACUCAUUAUUUCAAGUGAUGGUGUCUGGGAUGCAAUAUCGGCAGAAGUGGCCCUUGAUUGUUGUCGUGGGAUGCCACCAGAGGCUGCUGCUCCACAAAUUGUUAAAGAAGCUGUACAAGGUAAGGGACUUAGAGAUGAUACUACCUGCAUUGUGAUUGACGUACACCCACAAGAAAAGCCACCUGCACCUUUGCCACCAACAAAGAAGCAAGGGAAAGGAGUGUUCAAGUCCAUGUUUCGCAGAAAGUCCACCGAAUCAUCUUCUCAAGUUGAUAAAGAAUACAUUGAGCCAGACAUAGUAGAGGAAUUAUUUGAGGAAGGAUCCGCAAUGCUUUCAGAAAGGUUAGACGCACAAUACCCGAUAUGCAACAUGUUUAAGUUGUUUAUGUGUGCAGUCUGCCAAGCAGAGAUUAAAUUUGGAGAGGGCAUUUCAAUACAUUCUGGGUCAUCUGAAUCAAGAAAUCUCCGUCCAUGGGAUGGCCCUUUCCUAUGUGGUAGUUGCCAAGAGAAAAAAGAAGCAAUGGAAGGGAGAAGACCGUCAGGAGAUAGACAUAGUAGUGAAAGUGACUAGCUAGGGCUCGUGAUGGUAUUUGCAAUUUUGCAAGCACUAACAAUUGUUCCAAAGUUGAUCGUUAUCAGAAGAAGAAGCUCUCUCAAGUAUUAAUUCCCUUAGUUUCUUAAGAGGGGUAACUGAGAAUUUCGAUCCAUUGUGGCAACUUCAGCUUUCAUUUUGACCUUCUUUUGCUAAGCUGUGCACCAUGUCAGAAAAUCAGGAGCUCUUGCCGUUACCCUCAUUCUCGACUGAAGUAGUAAUGGCCAGUAAAGCUUGCCUCUUGUAGAAGGGCUUGUUGAAGGCUUCGGUAUAGUUGUCACCGUAUAAUGACCCAUUGGGAUGUUACUAUAAGUUUGUGUUUCACAUCCUUCUAUUACCAGUCCACUUUAUAGAGCUAACUUUGGGUGAUAGCGACAUUCAGUGUAAUAUUAUUACAUAGGGAACUUGUUGAGAUUACUCAUAGAGAUUCAUUGCCAAUAGGAGAGAAAUUGCUUGACCAGUCCGGUGAAGGAUUAUUUUCAUCACCGCCCCCCACCAAAUAUCUUGUUUCUUUAACCUUGCUAUUCCUUUGCUUAUUCAAAUUGUAAUUUGAUCAAUUCGUUUGAUUGUAAAAAGAUUCCAGAUUUCUGCCUUCACCUUUUUGUCCAUAUGUUGUCCCCACAGAACAUUGGCCCGGUACUUGAGAUCUCAGAGUACUGGUACUUGAAGAUCUCAUAGUAGCAAGCAUCCUAUACAACUUAUUGAGAUGAGUCUUUCA